AGCUGCACCCAAAGAUGCCAUUGCCUUCCACGUGCAGGGAACACCGGGGGUGAAGCUCUACGUGGUGCAUGAGACACAGAGCACCAAGUUGCCCUCCAGCGUGUGCCGCUGGCCCCUGGCUGCUGGCACCGAGGUGCUGCUGUCCAUGGAUGCUCUCAGCAAGGAUGUGGGCGAUGAGAAGGUCAGGAUCUCUUAUUUCAGGGAAGGUGGUGGAGUGCCCGUGGGCAGAGCCAUGCUGUAUGUCACCUGUGUGGAGAUCUCACUGGACGCCGACAUCAACCGCAGCGGCGCCGUGAGCAGGACACUGCUGGAUAAGACCACUUGGACAUGGGGUCCUGACGGACACGGAGCCAUCCUGCUGGUGAACUGCGACCGCGACGAUCCCAAAGGCAAAGACAUGGAUAACAGCGACACCUCCAUCUGCUCCUAUGAAGACCUGAAGGACAUGUCACAGAUGGUGCUGCGAACACGAGGACCUCGCACCAUCUUCACUGGCCACCACCUCCUCCUCCACGUGGACUACAGAGAUGCUGAUAAAGUUGGAGUCUUCUAUGGUGGCAACAGUUUGGAGCUGGAGAAGUACAAGCAUGUGCUGGGGGGCUCAAAGCUCACCUACACCAUCAAACCCAGCCGGCACCGGGACGAGAGCAUCUUCUACGUGGAGGGACUCGCCUUCCCCGACGCCAGCUUUUCAGGGCUGGUGUCUUUCCAUGUCACACUGCUGGAGAGCCCUGAGAAGGGUUUGCUGGAGACUCCAAUCUUCACCGACACAGUGGUUUUCCGCGUGGCUCCAUGGAUCAUGACCCCCAACACGUCAGCACCACUGGAGGUGUAUGUCUGCAGUGUGGAGGACAAUGAGGAUUUCGUGAGUGCCGUGGCCGCUGUGGCUGAGAAAGCCAAGUGCCUGCUCACCGUGUGCCCGCUGCCGGAGAACCGCAAUGACCGCUGGAUCCAGGAUGAAAUUGAAUUUGGCUACGUGCAAGCACCCCACAAGACCUUCCCUGUUGUCUUUGACUCGCCCCGUGAUCGCGGGCUGAAGGAUUUCCCUGUCAAGAGCAUCCUGGGCCCUGAUUUCGGUUACGUGGCCCAGCAAGCUGUGAAAGGUGCUUCUGACCUCGAUUCCUUUGGCAAUUUGGAGGUGAGCCCCCCUGUGACAGUGCAGGGCAAGGAGUACCCCUUGGGCCGCAUCCUGAUCGGCACCAGCUUCCCCAGAUUUGGUGGCAGGAGGAUGGCUAAGGCUGUCAAGGAUUUCCUCGUGGCCCAAAAAGUCCAGGCACCAGUAGAGCUGUUCUCAGAUUGGCUCAGUGUUGGCCACGUUGAUGAGUUCCUCAGCUUUGUCCCUGCACCUGAUCGGAAGGGUUUUCGGCUGCUCCUGGCCAGCCCCAGCGCCUGCUAUCAGCUCCUCAGGGAGAAGCAAGAGGAGGGGUAUGGUGAGGCAGCGAUGUUCCAGGGACUGGAGAAUGUGCCCAAACAGACGAUAAAUGAGAUUUUGGCUAAUGAAGGGCUCCGGAAAUUCAAUAAUUAUGCUCAGUCCUGCAUCAGCUGGAACAGGAACAUCCUGAAGAGGACACUGGGGCUGGCUGAGCAGGACAUCCUGGACAUCCCCCAGCUCUUCCAGGGCAAGGUGGACUCCGGUGCCGAAGCCUUCUUCCCAGACAUGGUGAACAUGCUGGUGCUGGGCAAGCAGCUGGGCAUCCCCAAGCCCUUUGGCCCCGUGGUGGGUGGGCAGUGCUGCCUGGAGGAGCGUGUGAGGGCACUGCUGGAGCCCCUGGGCCUCACCUGCACCUUCAUUGAUGACUAUUACUCCUACCACCUCCUCUCUGGGGAGGUCCAUUGUGGCACCAACGUGCGGCGCAAACCCUUCGCCUUCAAGUGGUGGCACAUGGUGCCUUGA